GAGCCUGGGCCCGCUGGCGUGGAGGCGAGCGGAGGCCCGAGGGAGGAGGGCUCGAGGUGUUGGUGUCUCCCGCGAGCCGCCGCGAUGAAGGUGAAGAUGCUGAGCCGGAACCCGGACAACUACGUCCGCGAGACCAAGUUGGACCUACAGAGAGUUCCUAGAAACUACGAUCCUACCUUACAUCCUUUUGAGGUCCCGCGAGAAUACGUGAGAGCUUUAAAUGCUACCAAGUUGGAGCGGGUGUUUGCCAAACCAUUCCUUGCUUCCCUGGAUGGACACCGAGAUGGAGUCAACUGCUUGGCAAAGCACCCCAAAAGCUUGGCUACUGUCCUUUCGGGGGCAUGCGACGGAGAGGUUAAGAUUUGGAACUUGACUAAACGAAAGUGUAUCCGUACAAUACAAGCGCACGAAGGUUUUGUACGAGGAAUAUGUACUCGAUUUUGUGGGUCUUCUUUUUUUACGGUUGGUGAUGACAAAACUGUGAAGCAGUGGAAGAUGGAUGGGCCAGACUCUGGAGCAGAAGAAGAACCAUUGCAUACAAUAUUAGGAAAGACAGUAUAUACAGGAAUUGAUCAUCACUGGAAAGAUCCUGUUUUUGCCACAUGUGGACAGCAAGUGGACAUUUGGGAUGAACAUAGAACAAAUCCUGUCUGUUCAAUGACCUGGGGAUUUGACAGUAUAAGUAGUGUUAAAUUUAACCCAAUCGAGACGUUUCUCUUGGGAAGUUGUGCCUCUGACAGGAAUAUAGUAUUGUAUGACAUGAGGCAAGCUACUCCUCUGAAAAAGGUCAUCUUAGAUAUGAGAACAAAUACAAUCUGUUGGAACCCUAUGGAAGCUUUUGUUUUCACUGCGGCAAAUGAAGAUUACAACCUGUAUACCUUUGACAUGCGUGCUUUGGAUACCCCUAUGAUGGUCCACAUGGACCACGUGUCUGCUGUGCUGGAUGUGGAUUACUCCCCCACCGGAAAAGACUUCGUGUCUGCAAGUUUUGAUAAGUCAAUUCGCAUCUUUCCUGUGGAUAAAAGCCGGAGCAGGGAAGUCUAUCACACAAAGCGAAUGCAGCAUGUCAUCUGUGUCAAGUGGACCUCCGACAGCAAGUACAUCAUGUGCGGCUCUGACGAGAUGAACAUUCGCCUAUGGAAAGCCAAUGCUUCGGAAAAAUUGGGUGUGCUCACGUCACGAGAAAAAGCAGCCAUAGAUUAUAACCAGAAGCUGAAGGAGAAAUUCCAACACUAUCCUCAAAUAAAACGAAUAGCUCGGCACCGACAUCUCCCCAAGUCCAUCUACAGCCAGAUCCAGGAGCAGCGGGUGAUGAAGGAGGCCCGGCGCAGGAAGGAGGUGAAUCGCCGCAAACAUAGCAAGCCUGGGUCAGUGCCGUUUGUGUCGGAGAAGAAGAAGCACGUGGUGGCAGUGGUGAAAUAAGACAGUGUUCCCGUCUGCGACCGUGUCUAAUUGUUGGUGUUUAUUGGUACAGAAGCUCUACAGAUAAGAGUGCCAUUGUAUCUAGAACUUCACUGCAGCUCAGUUUAGCCACCCUGAACUCCUUAGGAGAUGUGGGCUGUUCCCAACUUGUUCCCCUCGGUUUGCUUUCUUAUUUCACUGAAGAAUGCCGUAUUUCGCUAGCUCAGUUUUGGCUGUUAGAAAUUGCAGAGUGGACCUGACAUAGUCUACGGGAGCCACAUGGCCAUGAAUUAAUCCACGAGUCCCAUGAUGUGCCAGGCAUGAUCCCGACAGCUCCGGUCUCUGCACUCACCCAUGUUGCAAGCCAUUUCCGGCCACUUCACAGCUGGGCACAUGUGAACACCAUGUUAAGGGACAUGACCUUGGCCAGUACCACAAUUGAAAAACUUGGAAGUGCUCUAUAGAUAGGAAGUGCUCCCGCCAUAGCUCGGGGAGGACCAUCACCCUAGCACAUGUGCCUCAUUGAAGAGUAAACCUUGGUGUACACCGUGGUGGAGGUCCAACACCACAGCAGAAAACGGGGCAUAUCGCAGCCUCAUCUUGUGCCAUCAGCAAAACAACAGCAAUCAUUAGGGAAGGAAGGGCAAGAGGGGAGGCAGUGAGCGGUAAAUCAUAGGCGCACUUUCUCCCAACCUGUUAGUGAGGCCUCUGUUCUUGAAUUUACAUUUCGGAGUAUAUGUUCGAUUCUCUUUAACGUUUCUCCAAAUGCUUGUCACCAUGACUCUUCUUGUAAGUAAUUGCCUAUAACAUGUAGAGAAGAAUUAUGCCGGGACUUCUGUUAAUUGAAUUUGUUUCCCAGGGUUAUUGAUAUCUUUGUCUUUGAGCAAAAGGAUCAGCCUCUCUUUGUAUAUCUUUUAUAACUAUAACUAUUCAUUAUAAUUUAUGGUCAAGAUAAUAAACCAUCCUUUUUCUUAGCA